UCGCCUCUCUCUCUCUCUCUCGAUCUCUUCGUCCUCUCCAUCUCUCUCUCUCUCUCUCUGAAACCCUAGGGCCGAUCCCUCGUCGCCGCGCGCGUCAAUGGCGACCGGAUCAGGGGUUCCGAUCACUCCCCUGCUCAAGGAGGAGCUCGACAUCGUGAUCCCGACGAUCCGGAACCUGGAUUUCCUGGAGAUGUGGAGGCCGUUCUUCCAACCCUACCACCUCAUCAUCGUCCAAGAUGGGGACCCCACGAGGACCAUCAAGGUGCCCGAGGGGUUCGACUACGAGCUCUACAACCGCAACGACAUCAACCGUAUCCUCGGCCCCAAGGCCUCGUGCAUCUCCUUCAAGGACUCCGCGUGCCGAUGCUUCGGAUACAUGGUCUCCAAGAAGAAGUACAUCUAUACGAUCGACGAUGACUGCUUCGUUGCCAAAGAACCAUCUGGCAAGGACAUCAAUGCGCUCGAGCAGCACAUAAAGAAUCUUCUCAGCCCUUCUACUCCCUUCUUCUUUAAUACUCUGUAUGAUCCUUACCGUGAGGGAGCAGAUUUCGUUCGUGGCUACCCUUUUAGCCUUCGCGAGGGUGUCACUACUGCUGUUUCUCAUGGCCUUUGGCUCAAUAUCCCGGACUAUGAUGCCCCAACACAGCUUGUCAAGCCCCGUGAGAGAAAUACCAGGUAUGUUGAUGCAGUACUCACAAUUCCAAAGGGUACCUUGUUUCCAAUGUGUGGGAUGAAUCUCGCAUUCAACCGUGAGCUAAUCGGCCCUGCCAUGUACUUUGGACUUAUGGGUGAUGGCCAGCCUAUUGGCCGUUACGAUGAUAUGUGGGCUGGUUGGUGCAUGAAGGUGAUCUGCGACCACUUAGGUCUAGGAGUAAAGACCGGCCUGCCCUACAUCUGGCACAGCAAGGCGAGCAACCCGUUCGUAAACCUUAAAAAGGAGUACAACGGCAUCUUCUGGCAAGAAGAGCUCAUCCCCUUCUUCCAAUCCGCGAACCUACCGAAGGAGUGCAACACCGUGCAAAAGUGCUACAUCGAGCUCUCGAAGCAGGUUAAGGCUAAGCUCGGAAAAGUCGACCCGUACUUCGACAAGCUUGCCGACGCCAUGGUCAUGUGGAUCGAAGCUUGGGACGAGCUUAAUCCAUCCAAAGAAGCCGCCGACGCUGCUAACGGCCCUAAGAAGGAGAAGUAGAGUUGGAGAAGGGGGAAUAGUGUAGGUUUAUAAGUUAUGCGCCAUUCAUAUACAAACUUACAUUGUUCUUUUUUGGGCACAUUUGUGUUGGAGAACUAAAGCUUAUUUAGAGAUGUAGCUUUAUUUGUAAUAUCACUCUCUCUGUGUAAUUUCUCUGGGUUUCUAUGUGGAGACUCAGGGUAUUCUUUUGCUAUGGGACAAAUGGGAUGUUUACUUGGUAUGAAAUUAGAAUAAGAUUCAUAGUGUGGUUUUGAAA